AUGCCCGCUCGCACACACGCCUCGACCAGCCCGACCACUACAAACAAGGAGAACAUGGGUGGUUCGCCGACGCGCGACGUCAAGGGCAAGGGACGCGCUCGGGACGACGACGACGCUGCGGAUGAGGAUGACUUGUAUGCUGAGAAUGGUGAAGACGAGCAGGACGCGUCGAACGGGGCUGGGGAGGGAGAUGAGGCUGAUGAGGACGCGGAGGAGGAGGACGACGACGAGAGCAAGAUGGAGAAGCAGAGGGUGAUCAGGGCGGAGUACAGGAAGCUCCAGAGCACGACCGACGAUCUCCGAGGCGACUUGCAGAACACGUCCGUCCACGACCUAGCCGACAAAGUCUCAAGCGCGAAUGUCCUUUUCAAGCGUGUCGACCGCCCUUCCGAAGCCGUCCUCGACUCCAAGGUCCUCAUCGCCACGUCCGAAGCCGGUGCUCUGAAAGCCCGUCAACUCAAGAUCGAUGCCGACGCGUUCGACACGGACGAGUUCAUCGCGAGGCUCGUCAAGUUUAUGGGAGGACAGGCGAACGCGAGGGACGCGAGAAGGAAGCGGACGAGGGGGAAGCGCGCGGCCGAGAACGACGAGGACGAGCUCGACGACGACGACGAGGCUGAGUUUGACAGGCCGAUGAAGUGGAUCAAGGUCGGCAGGGUGCUCGCGGCGCAAAGCAGGCGUGCCGCCCCGUUCGACUUCAUGUAUGGUCCGCUGGCGAUCGAGGUCAAAGAGAAGAAGGCGCGCACGCAGCGCGCCAAGAACCAGAUUGACGAGGCUGAGAAGAUGAGGCCUGAGGAGCUCCAAGCGGACGACGUUGCGAAGAACGAGAACGAGACGGGCAAGGUCACUGCCAAGAUCGCAAAACGCCUGCAAGAAGUCGCUGGCGACCGCGGCAUUCCCUUCCUCGAGUUCAUCAUCAAUCCGCACUCGUUCGCACAAAGCGUCGAGAACGCCUUCUUCUUCAGCUUCCUCGUUCGCGAACAGAAGGCCGCCAUCGAAGUCGACGAGGACGAGAGCAGCCCCACGUACGGCGACACCAUCGCUUUCCUCGUCGAUCCCGAGACGGCCGCCUCGACGGCGGCGCAGAGCGCCAAGAAGGUGCAGAUCGUCCUCGAGCUGACGCAGGAUGUCUGGAAGGCUCGUCGCGACUCCCUUCACCCGUACGAUGACCCAGAGGCGAUCGAGGCGUACGAGAUUGACGAGCCGGUCAUCCCCCACCGCGAGGCCUUUGUCGCUCCGACAGCCACGGGCAAGAAGUGGUAG